UGCAAGUUGCUUUGUUCUGCUGCGAAAGUGAGUAGGGUACACUUGUAAGGUAUAGAAAGUGAAACAAAGAAAAUAGGUAUAAAGUCAUUCUUCAGGUCUAGCAAUACUGCAUUCGUAUGAAAAAGGAAUAUGUGUGUGUGUGCUUUUGGAAAGAACAUGUUAUAGUACACUGUACAUUUUUCCUGUAAAACAAUGAAAAUAUAAGCUUGAAGUUAGAAGUUUGGUGACCAGUCAAAUGGUUUAGAUGUAUUUCUAGUAAACAAGCAGAUCAUGGUGAAAACUUUCCAAGCUUAUUUAUCCAACUGUCAUCGUACGUACAGCUGUAUCCAUUGCAGGGCCCACUUAGCCAACCAUGAUGAGUUGAUCUCAAAGUCAUUCCAAGGAAGUCAGGGUCGAGCUUAUCUCUUCAAUUCUGUUGUUAAUGUUGGCUGUGGCCCUGCUGAAGAGAGAGUACUAUUGACUGGUCUCCAUGCUGUUGCUGAUAUCUACUGUGAAUGCUGCAAGACCACCCUUGGUUGGAAAUAUGAACAUGCUUUUGAGUCCAGUCAGAAAUACAAAGAAGGAAAGUACAUCAUUGAGCUGGCCCACAUGAUUAAAGAAAAUGGAUGGGAUUGACAGUGGUCACAAGAGUUGUACGGUAAUUUGACUGGAUGCAAAGUUAAAACUAUAAGAACCCAUGAUUGUCUGGUGAUAGUGUUGCUUUACACUUAUAAGAGUAGAAUAUGUAAUUGUUUUUUAAUCCUUAUAUGUGGGAAUUUGAAUCUGUCGGUACAACUUGACUAUUCGUUUUUAAGUCAUCAAUCAGCGUGUUACAAGUCAACCAUAACAACAAUGUUAACAACUUCUAUUUGCAUAUAUGGCAGCCAAGAGUACUGUUGAUAUUCACAGCAGAUGGUACUAUAUUUUUUUCUCAUUCAAUUCAUAUGUGAUUUGGCUUCAUCUUUCCAAAAGGUUUUGUAGUACCAAAGUGAGUUUUUGUUUUUAUUCAGAUGUUCUUUGCUUGCAACAUUUUUCAUGUUUUGGUCAUAUGUAGAUAAUGUCAAUUCUGAAUGAAGAUGAGAAAGAAGAAUGAAAGAAAACUCACUUUUUUACACGUUUAUCAUAAAAUUGUCUCUGUAGAAUUGUGUAGUUUAAUAUUAAUUUUUGUUUGUUUGCUUGUUUUUUUACUUCAUUUCAGUUGUAAAUACAUUUUAUAAAUGUGUAUGUUUUUUUUAUAAGCUUCAGUGUGAAUUGUAUAGAAGGACUUUAAAUUUUAGAUAGUAAAUAAAAAAAAGAAUGUUUUUUAAAAUGAUGAAAUUAUGUACUGACUUUUUUGUUAUAGUGAUAAUGUUUGUAAUAAUAGUAAAAAAAAUUGUUUCAAGUUGAGACUUGUAUUUUUGAAUAGGAACUUAGAUUGUUGGAAUUAUUUAACAAUAUUGAAUAGCUGGUAAAGAAAUCUUUGCUGUGUAUGUAUUUACAUUUGUGUAUAUUAUUUACUGUUUAUAUAUUAAUGUCUUGGUGUGGAUGUCAUACAUGAAAUUCAACGUGUGUAUUUCUCCCUCAGCUUGCACUGUGUUCAACAUAUCAUUAUCAUCUUACAAAGCCUUAAAGAUUUACAGUUCAGCCAGGUUACCCGUGUGGUUUAAGAUGUAUCAAUAUUCUCAACUGUUUUGGUGAUGGAAUGAAUAAAGAUUUGCAGUUAAUUGCAUUGUUAGCAAGAUUUUAUUUAAAAACAAAAAAACAGCUGUUUUUUUUUAAUAUGUUUGGAAAAGAGAAGUUAGUGUCGGAUGCCUCGAACAUUAUUGUUACAGUUCUUUUAAAGGUUAUAUAAAAAAACUAAAUUCCUUAUUUGCUUUUUCCUCCUAACCUUGUGCUUAAAGUUAAAUUGAUAUUCUUUGUUUUGUGUACUAUGUUUAACUUAGUCUUUUGCAAAGUACACUUUUUUGCUAUCUGUUGAUUUAAUUCUUGAUGUAUAAUGUAUGAUGUGUUUUUAAUCUUUGUCGCAUAACUAAGCAUUCUAUGUUUUAUGAUUUUAA